CUUGGCAUGCCCGAUCCUUCUUUGCAGACACUCUGAUCCUUCAUGCUUUCUAAUUAGUUCCUGUUCACCCGUUUCUGGGCUGGAAUUUGUUUGCCUGUGAAAACAAAAGCUGCCAUGCUGCUGCUGCUAGAUCUUACUCUGGUACCCCUCAUUCUUUGUGUUAGCAACUCGGCUGUUGCUGGGCUCAGUUUGGUUGCUGAAAACGAAGAUGCCCUCCUCAGACACUUAUUUCAUGGGUACCAGAAAUGGGUCCGACCUGUUGAAAACUCCAAUGAUACAAUAAAAGUCCUUUUUGGCUUAAAGAUAUCUCAGCUUGUGGAUGUGGAUGAAAAGAAUCAGCUGAUGACCACAAAUGUGUGGCUGAAACAGGAAUGGACUGACCAUAAAUUGUGCUGGAAUCCUGAGGACUAUGGUGGGAUCACGGCGAUCCGGGUUCCGUCAGAGUCGCUGUGGCUGCCGGACAUUGUUUUGUUUGAAAAUGCCGAUGGACGUUUUGAAGGCUCCCUGAUGACCAAAGUCAUAGUGAAAUACAAUGGGCUUGUUACCUGGACUCCACCAGCCAGUUAUAAGAGUUCCUGCACUAUGGAUGUGACGUUUUUCCCGUUCGAUAGACAGAAUUGCUCCAUGAAAUUUGGAUCCUGGACCUACGAUGGCAACAUGGUUGACUUGAUUUUAGUAGAUGAAAACGUAGAUAGGAAAGACUUCUUUGAUAAUGGAGAGUGGGAGAUCUUAAAGGCCAAAGGCAUGAAAGGCAGCAGAAAGGAUGGGUUGCAUUCCUACCCAUUCAUUACUUACUCCUUCGUUCUAAGACGCCUCCCACUUUUUUACACUCUUUUCCUAAUUGUCCCUUGCCUUGGAUUAUCUUUUCUAACUGUGCUGGUGUUCUAUUUGCCUUCUGACGAAGGGGAAAAACUUUCAUUAUCUACAUCCGUUUUAGUCUCCCUUACCGUUUUUCUUUUAGUAAUUGAAGAAAUAAUACCAUCUUCUUCCAAAGUCAUUCCUCUGAUUGGCGAGUAUUUGUUGUUUAUUAUGAUUUUUGUAACCCUCUCAAUUAUUGUUACUGUUUUCGUUAUUAACGUGCACCAUCGGUCCUCAGCAACCUACCAUCCUAUGGCUCCCUGGGUUAAAAGACUCUUCCUUCAAAAGCUUCCUAGGCUAUUGUGCAUGAAGGGCCAUGUGGAUCGGUAUUCCUUCUCAGAGGCUGAAGGAACUAUCCCAGUGUUAAAAUCAAAGCUCUCAGGCAAGAAGAAACAGAAACAAGUCAAGGAUGGAGAAAAAAUUGUGAUUGCUUUUUUGGAAAAAGCUGCCGAUUCUAUUAGAUACAUCUCUGGCCAUGUAAAAAAGGAGCAUUUCAUCAGACAGGUAGUUCAAGACUGGAAAUUUGUAGCUCAAGUCCUCGAUCGGAUCUUCCUGUGGUUAUUUUUGGUGGUGUCAGUGACAGGUUCCGUUUUAAUAUUUACCCCCGCUUUACAGGCGUGGUUAAGCAGCAGUUUAUAGGAAUAAAUUCAUGUGUUAAUGUGGAUAAUGGCUGAAAGAUACAGUUGCCCCUAGAGACUGAUUGGUUUUUUAACUUUCAGUGAGUGCAGGGUCGACAAAACCAAAUUGAGAUGGAAAUGAAAAUACAUUGCCUUCUGGCUGCAGUGAACGAUGUUGAUAAUAUAAUAAUGCUUCUCACUUGAAUAGUGCUUUACAUCUGCAAAUUGCUGUACAACUCAAGGGCUCAAUUGUGUAACCCUUACUUGCCCAUUGAAAUCAAUGAAACUACUUGUGUGUGUAAGUGUUCACUAAUGUGAGCAAGGUUUGCACAACUGGACCCUAAUUAAUUAAUCCAUCCUAUUAAGGCUGAUUAUAUUACAAUAUGAUUUCAUGAUUGUUUUUAAAAAGGUGACUGUUUCUUUUUGAUCCAAAUAUUCUGUUAACAAAUGGGAUCCUCAUGUAUUAAAUAUGCUACAUUCGAAGAAAAUUUAAAUAGUAUAGGAAUACACAGGGCACUGAUGCGCUAAGUUUUUGUCAGUCCACCUUGUUAUCUUUAAGUGUAAUAAGCACAGCUGUUUUAUAUACCUAUCUAGAUGUUUCAUAACCAGCUAUUACAAGGUGUGUGUUUGUGCAUUAGAAAAUAGAAACAAGUUACAGGUGGAAUUUUCCAAAGUACUCUGCUUUGGCAUAACUCUGCUACUCUGAAAUCUGCUCCCAUUGAAGUCACCGGAAUAUAAACCCUAGGAUUAGCAGGCUUGUGGGGACAGAAUAUCUUAACUCCUUCUAGAAGAAUUGAGGGCAUACUCCUACCUCCAUCCAGACUAUUGGCAUACAUUGCUUUCUGUCCCCCCCAUUGGUAAAUGAGGAAAACUGUGGGCCUGUACUGGCUGGCAGGUGUAAUUUGCAUUUAUGUCAGGAGGUGUUCCAUGAAGUACCCAAAGCUGUGCACUCUGAGUUUGCCCAUGUUCCAGACUUACAAACUGUGAUACAUUUUCGGUGUAAUUUCAGGUACAUGAAAGCAGGGCUAAGUGUAACAAGACAUGGGGGUUAUCCAGUGGGGAAAAUAGGCCAUUCUCAUCUGAAUCAGAGAAAUGUGGCGCUGUAAGGGACUGUGGGAGGUUAUCUAGUCCAACUCCCUGCUCUGAGACAGGAUCAAGUAAACCUAGACCAUCCCUUACAGGUGUUUGUCCAGCCUGUUCUUAAAAACCUCCAAUGAUGGAGAUUCCACAACCUCCUUUGGAAGCCUGUCCUAGAGCAUAACUGUCCUUAUAGUUAGAAAGUUUUUCCUAAUAUCCAACCUAAAUCUCCCUUGCUGCAGAUUAAGACCAUUGCUUAUUGUCCUACCUUUAUAAUUUUUGUUGCUCUCCUUUGGAAUCCAAUUUAUCCACGUCUUUCCUAAAGAAAGUGCCCAGAAUUGGACGCAGUUCUCCAGCUGAGGCCUCACCAGUGCCAAGUAGAAUGGGACAAUUAGCUCCUGUGUCUUAUACACGACACUCCUAUAAAUACACCCCAGAAUUAUAUUCACUUUUUUUGCAACUGCAUCACACUGUAGUCUCGUAUUUAAUUUGUGAUCCACUGUAACCCCCAGAUCCUUUCCAGCAGUACUGCCACCUAGCUAGUUAUUCCCUAUUUUGUAGUGGUGCAUUUGAUUUUUCCUUCCUAAGUGAAGUACUCUGCACUUGUCUUUAUUGAAUUUCAUCUCGUUGAUUUCAGACCAAUUCUCCAAUUUAUCGAGGCCAUUUUGAAUUCUAAUUCUGUCCUUCAAAGUGCCUGCAACCCCUCCCAGCUUGGUGUCACCUGCACAUUUUAUAAACAUUCUCCACUCCACUAUCCAAGUCAUUAAUGAAAAUAUUGAAUAGUGCUGGACUCGGGACUGACCCUGGCAGGACUCCACUAGCUAGCACUGAUAGCUACUUUUUGAGUAUGGUGUUUCAAUCAGUUGUGCACCACAUUUCCCAGGCCUAGUUCAUGAGAAUGUCAUGUGGGACUUUGUCAAAAGCCUUACUAAAAUCAAGAUAUAUCACAUCUACUGCUUCCCUCCUAUCCACUAGCCAGUAACUCGGUCAAAGAAGGAAAUUAGGUUGGUUUGGCAUGAUUUGUUCUUGACAUAUCCAUGCUGGCUAGUUCUUAAAACCCUAUAAUCCUCUAGGUGCUUACAAAUUGAUUGUUUAAUAAUUGUUCCAGUAGUUUACCAGGUAUCAAAGUUAGGCUGACUGGUCUAUAAUUCCCCAGAUCCUCUUUGUUCCCCUUUUUAAAGAUAGGUACUGUGCUUCCCUUCUCCAUUCCUCUGGGAUCUCACCCAUCCUCAUAUAGUGACCAGACAGCCAUAGUAUUGUUUAACCCAGGGGUGAAAGUAACUUAAGGGACUUACGCAGGGCUGGGGUCCUAAGCAGGCGAGUUGGGGGGUCCUUCGGGCGGAAGGGGUGGGACCUCAGGCAGAAGGGGCGGGACCUUUAAAUCCCCAGCCCCUUUAAAUCACUGCUGGAGCCCUAGGGUAGCCGUAGCUAUGGUGGCGGCCGGGAGCCACAGGUCUCUGGCAGCAAUUUAAAGGGCCUGGGGCUCCAGCUGUGGUAGCAGUGGCCGGGAGCCCGGGACCUUUAAAUCACUGCCAGAGCCCGGGGCUCCUGGACGCUGCUGCUACCCCGGGGUUCUGGCAGUGGGGCUCUGGUGGCGAUUUAAAGGGCCAGUGGAUCCGGCCACUGCCAGGAACCCAGGGCCCUUUUAAAUUGACCACCUCAGGAAGCUGCCCCCUGCCGGUGCAGUCAGCUGUGUACUGGCUCUUGCCAGUACGCCGUACUGUACCGUACCGGCUUACUUUCACCUCUGGUUUAGCCCUAACUGUAUCCCUGUGUUCACACCUUUUACAGGACUACAAUACAUUUUGUAUCAUGUGAAAAUUCAUAAUUUGCUGAUCAUUAGUGUACUGGUAAAAUAUGUGUGGCAACAUUGUGUAAAGAUAUAAGAUUUCUCUGUAGGGCAAUACUAAGACAUGUUCCAAGUCUGGGGAGCAGCCAUGAAGCAGUUCCUUAGAGACAAAAGGCAAGCUGAUGCCUCAGCCAGGUGUCAACAAAAUCAAAUGGACUAUCACCUGGUUAAGUGGGCACUCUUCAGCAGGAAAGAGGGCAUGGGUGAAAAAUCUACAUCUUGACAAAGAAACCACUUGGAGUUCCCUUCCACACAGACUUUCUAUCGCCUGAAUCUCAGUUGGAGAUGUUUCUCGAAGAAGAGAAAGACUAUAAGAAGGCAGAACAUAAGAAAGGAGAGCAGACACCACAAAUUAUUCCUCUUUCUUGCUACUCAUUGCAUCCACGAUACCUGAAGAACAAAGGCAGCAACCAGGGGCAGGGAUCCUGACUGGAAGAAAUUCAGCUAGUGAGACUGUUGAAACAUGUGAUGAGAGAGACCUUUGCUUUGAAUUCAUACUAAGUUGUUAAGUUAGACAUUAGUUGCAUUUAAUUUUUUUAACCUAUUCUGACUUGUA